AUGGCUAGCACACCUAACGUAGGAACAGUCAACGUCCGUAGCUGGGGGAAUAAGAAGGAGCUUGUCUGCAACCUGCUCGCGUCUGAGAGCGUCGGCAUCCUGGCCAUCCAGGAAACGCUAAGCACUCCGCACCGGCAAAUGAAAAUCCCGCAAUACCAGACGUACCAAAAACACAGCGAGCAGAGGUCCUGGGGAGUCGCACUUGCCAUCAGCCACAGACUGCCGUCCCGCCCGCUUGCAAUCCCACCGGAGCACGCUCUCCAAAACGUCGUCGCAGCCACCGUCAUCUGGCAAGGGAAAACGGUAAAUAUUUAUUCCAUUUGCAUCCGCCCCCAUGACCGCCUUCCAAUCUCCUUCCUCCGCUACGCCUCCCAAAACCCCCCAGCCAUUGUUGUAGGUGACCUAAAUGCCCGCCACGCCGACUUUGGAGACCACGCCACCAACACCAACGGGAGGAACUUGCAGCUGGCUCUGGAUACAUACCCCAUAUUACGCCUCGGUUGCACCGAGCCGACGUUAAUUAACCAUAAUGGCCACUCCAUCAUCGACCACAUCAUCCUCACCGAGGACCUGGUCGAUGACCUGCUGCCAGACGCUACCAUCGGAGCCCCCGUCGCAAGCGACCACCUUCCGGUCGUCGGAAAAGCCGCACUCCCGCGCUUCCCGCUGCCCGAGGCCGAGCCAUGCCAAAUGGGAAGGAUGCGAGCCUGGAGCUACGCAAAAUGGGAUGAGCUGGUAGCCCAGGUGCAGCGAGCCACUGAUCGACGCCAAGAACCCAUCGCCACCACUCAAGAGCUCGAGCACAGAGUCUCCGAGCUCACCGACAUCGUAGAAACGGCCAUCGAGGCGAAUGUUCCCACCCGGAACUUCACACCGCGGCCACCGGCACUUCCGCCGGACAUAAUGCACCUGGUCCGGGAAAAACGAAGGCUCUACCGCACUCUCAAGCGUACGAACGACCCGGUCAUCCGCACCACCUGGAACCGGCUGGUCGCCAUCACCAGACGAAAGAUCCGGGAGCACCGCGAGAAGGAGUGGCGCAACAUCACGGCAACGCUGGACUACAGAGACGGUAAGAAGUUUUGGAACUUACUAAACCGCCUCACCGGUAGGAAAGCAGCGCCCAAAUACCCGCUGCAAGCGGGUAUCAAGCCACUCACGGAUGCGGAGAAGUCGGAGGUAUUCGCCAGCGCUCUACUGGAAAGCAGCCGGUUGGAGGACCAGCUGUUUGACGAGCCCUUCCGCGAGGCCGUCACAGAAGAAAUCAACAACCUCCGACUCGCAGACUCCCACCCACCAGUCAACGAACCCAUCACAGCAGAAGAGAUUGCCGAGACCAUUGCCGGCCAGAAGAAGAACUCGGCACCUGGCAAGGACGGCAUCUCCGAGACCAUAAUCCGCAAGCUCCCGGAAUCUGCAAUUGAGUGGCUGCGGCAAAUCUACAACGCCUGCCUUACCCAGGGACACUUCCCAAGACCAUGGAAAGCAGCCACGGUGCUGAUGUUCGGGAAACCAGGAAAAGACCCAACCCUUCCAAGCUCCUACCGCCCCAUCUCACUCCUCCCGGUCAUUG